AUGCAUAUUGCGUCUGCCAACGGCCAUUUGGAGAUUGUAAAGGAGCUGCUUCAAGUUGAUCGAAGACUCUCCCAGGUUAAAGGAAGAGAUCAAUGUACAGCUCUUCAUUAUGCAGCUCGCAGAGGGAGGAUAGAAAUUAUUAAAGAAAUGGUUUCGGCUUGUUCAGAAUGUGUCGAAGAUGUGACCGAGCAAGGGGAGACUGUUUUUCACCUUGCUGUCAAGAACAACCAGUUUGAAGCUAUUGAUGCUAUGGUGGAAUUGGUCCUUGAAAGGAACAAACUUGACAUCCUGAAUAUGAAAGAUAAUAAUGGCAACUCAGUUCUUCACCUAGCAACCUGGAAGAAGCAACACCAGGUGGUGCAAUGUUUACUUGCCAAUAAAGGAACUAGUACUCCGGGUACAUUGGACGUAAACAGUGUGAACCAGAGUGGCCUAACAGCUCUUGAUCUGCUACUAAUCUUCCCUAGUGGAGCCGGUGACCUGGAGAUCGAUGGAAUCCUGAGCGGUGCAGGAGCUUUGAGAGCACGAGACAUAGCCCACACUAAUCACAACCUUACCGUAUUAAGUGUCCCCGCAGCAUCAGAGAGCCAUGAUAUAGUUUGCUCAUGGACCCAAAAAGUUUGGUGGAGUACUUCAAGUUCAAAAGGGUCAGAGACUCUCCUGAUGACGCACGAACCGCUCUGUUAG